AUGUAUCGAUGUGAGCAUUCAACUAAAUGUAUCUCAAAACAUCGUCUUGUUGAUGGUAUUCGAGAUUGUCCAUUCGAUGAUGACGAAACAUUUAGUCAUAGUUGUUCACUCAGCGAUGUUCAUCAUCGUUUUACAUGUUCAAUAGCUGGAGAUAAAAAAUGUUUUUCACCAAUAACUAUUGAAGACGAAAAGAAUAAUUGUGAAAAAGGAGAAGACGAAAUUAUCAGCAAAGGAUGGAUACACAACGGUAACACUUUUCAAAUGAUAUGUGAUGGACGACCAACAGAACUGUUCCCAUGUAAAUAUUUUUUACCUCAAAACGCGUCUGAAACGCGUUUCAUUUGCGUGCGAAACGCUAAGAGUGAACGCGUUUGAACGCGUCCCCAGUGAAACAAACGGAGCGUUUAAACGCGAUUUAUUUUAGAAACGCGUGUGAAUGCGCUUCUAGCUUGACUUGCGUCCAAACGCAUUUUUAGCGAAAACGCGUCCCAGAUGAAACAUUUAAUGCGUCUGGACGCGUUUCAUAAAAAAACUAAAAAUUUUGAAAAAAAAUAUGAUAAUCCAUUUCAGAUUCGAACUGAGUCGCCACCAUCAAUAUUUUUUGAUGGUCUUAGCCUUCCCUGGCAAAUUGAUUAGAUUUUACCUUAAGCGACGACGAUCAGAUUUGAACAGAUGAACCAGUGAUUAGAAGUCGUUCAUACAUACCGCUGAGUUAUACUAACUCGAAAUCUUGUCUUAUUCAAAAUAAAAUAUAUUUGAAGACGAAUCUCAUCGGUUAAAUAAUUUAUUUUAACAAGAUGUAUUUUUUUUCGAAUUCAAGAGUCUUAACACGUAAGAUGACUUUUCAGUUAUUUUUUUAAAUAAGUUUUUUAUUUUUUUAAUAAAAUAACAUCUUUUUUUUAUCAUCUACUACACAUAAAAAAUAUUACGAUCUUUUUUAUUGCACUGGUAAUAUGAUAAAUAAUUUUAUCGAAAAAUUUAAUGAAUAGAUAAUUAUUGACAACCAAUUUAGUAGAAAUAUAUGAUGAAAAGUUACUAAUAAUAUUAUUUAAAUAGUAGUAUUUAACAAUAUUCUGAAAGGGCAUUGCAUAGCUGGAAACUAUUACAAUAUUAUCCAGCUAUUAUUCUUACAAACUUAAGAGAAAUAUGGACUGUUCACCGUAUGUUUAAUUGAAUUUUGUCUAUUUUAACGUCAUCUCGACAUUCUUUAUUAGAAGUCUAAUGAAGUUUAGAUGAAUAAAAUAUAUGUAAGCUGAUGAUUUUGAUUAUGCAGUUAACUCUUCUAGAGCAGCAAUUUUUGAGUAAAAUCGCGUCCGAUACACAAAAAAUAAACACUUUCAAAGGCACUCGAAAAUAUGAUUGCGUCCUAACGCGAGCGAAAAACAUAUUUAAGACACGUUUGAACGCAGUUCGUAAACAAAAUUUUAUUAAACGCAUUAAAUUUUUUUCAGAAACGUGUCGAAACAUGGUUCAUUUUUUUCUGAUUGCGUUUAAACGCCUUGUAUAGAAAACCUGCGUCCAGACGCGUUUCAAAAUUUUUUCUAACUACGUCUCAACGCUUCUCAUAUUACAUCACGUUUGAACGCGUUCAUUCAAACUCUUAUUAAACACGUACAAACGCAAUUUCAAUAUGAAACGCGUUGAGACGCGGUUCAUAGUUUUUUUACAAUUGCGUUUCAACACGUUGCAUACAAAAACUGCGUUCAGACGCGUUUCAAAAGUUUUCUAACUGCGUCUCAACGCGUUUCAUAUUAAAAAUGCAUUUGAAUGCGUUGUGAAACCGUUUUUAACUGCGUCUAGACGCAUUUUGUUGUGAAACCGCGUUUCAACGCAUCGAUCUUGCGUUUCGUGAUUACAUGGGUUACCUGUUCUAAUUGAUGAACAAAAUGAAACAGAUGAAAUAGAAUGUGAACACUGGCCAUGCAAUAAUACAUACAGUAGAUGUGAUGGAUUUUGGUUGUGUAAAGAUGGAGCUGAUGAAAUUAAUUGUCCACCUUCGACUUGUCCUGAAUUUGAGCACGAAUGUGUCUUUCCGAAUGACAGAUCUAAAGUGUCAUGUCUACCGAUUGCACGAGUCGGUAAUGGUAUUAUCGACUGCCUUGGUGGGUCGGAUGAACGAAAUUAUUGUCGAAAAAUUGAUUCCGAUACAAUCUGGAACAAUUUUCACUGUUGGAACGACACAAAAUGUAUUCAAUCUGAAGCCAUUUGUGACAAGAACAAAGACUGCCCGUUUGGUGACGACGAAAUAUUCUGUCAGAGUUUUGACGAUAUUGGCGGUGGAAAAUGUGGCUUAUUGUCGUUUUUCUAUGAAACUGAAGUCGAAAAAUUCCUUUGCGGUCUUGCCAGUCAUACUUCGCUACAACGAGAGACCCAUUUCACCAUAUAUAAUAUGCCAACGUACUUGCUGCAGUUAACCAUGAACAACAUCACAAUAGCGCAAACUAAGACAGAAACUCCACCGACUCAAAGCAAUCCAAUAGUUAAUAUCAGAAAUGUCGAUAAAUGGCGAUGUAAUCGCGGACUUGUCAUUUAUCAGGAGAUGAAUAAUGAUAUGUAUGAGUUUUACUGUCUAUGUCCACCCAGUUACUACGGAGAUCGAUGUCAAUAUCAAAACCAACGUGUCAGUCUUUCACUUCAAAUACGAAUAACGUUAGACUGGCGGACUCUCUUCACAUUUAUUAUCAUUCUUAUCGAUGACAAGGGAAAUAUAGAAUCACAUGAUCACAUUGAAUAUUUAGCCUCUCGUGAUUGUAAUGUUAAAUUCAAUAUUUACUUACUCUAUUCAACUCGACCAAAAAAUGUAUCGAAAAACUAUUCAGUACGAAUCGAUGCAUUUAGCAAAUUGACAUUGACUUAUCGAGCCAGCUGGAUUUUUCCACUUCCAUUUCCAUUUUUGCCCGUACAUCGUCUAUCCGUUUUACUCAAAGUCCCUAUUUCGCCUGUUCAGCCUUUUCAAAAAUGCACACCACCAUGCAUUCAUGGUCAAUGCUUCAAUUAUAUCAAUGAUCGAAGUUCAACAUUCUGUCGAUGUGAACCUAACUGGUCAGGUAUUCAGUGUUCUAUCAAGUAUAAAUGUGACUGUGCACCGAAUUCACUGUGUAUUGAUGAAUCGAUCUGCCUGUGUCCACUCAAUCGAUUCGGCCCACGAUGUUAUCUUGUUCAAUCUUCAUGUAAUCCACAAUCAUGUACUAAUGGUGGUCAAUGUGUGCCUCGGGAUGAGCGUUAUAUUGAAUAUCUACCAAAGCGAACUUGUGUCUGUCCUCAAGAAUACUAUGGAGAUCGUUGUGAAUAUCCACAGAGCAGAAUUGAUGUAUCUUUUCACGACGAAUUAAUUAUUCCACAAUCGUUACUUAUUCAUUUCAUUACAGUUAAAGAGAAAGCAGCACCCAUUCGUAGUAGCACAAUAAAAAAGAUACCACUUGAUCAAGAUUCACUCUCACUCUACACUUCAAUUACGUUUAAUAUUGCCUUUGCAGAAAUGUCCAGAAACUACUAUUUAAUUAUCCUUCGGAAACAAGCAAUUGUUUCGGCAACUAUUUCAACACAAAUUAUUCCUUCUCAUCGAUGUGCGCUCAUUGAUGAACUGUUCAACAAGACUCUUGCUAAUCAACAUCUAUUGAAACGCGUCAAAUCUUAUCAUAUUCCAUGUAAAGAACGAUUGGAAUUAGUUUGUUUCUAUGAUGAUGUUCAUUUCUGUUUGUGUGAUCUUGCUCGACAAGCCAAUUGUUUUGAAUUCAAUCAUAACAUGACCUAUGAUUGUUAUGGGCAGAACUUCUGUGAAAAUGGAGGGCAAUGCUUUCAAGAUGAUCCAAAAUGUCCAACAUCGGCAGUGUGUGUCUGUCGUGACUGUUACUAUGGAUCAAGAUGCCAAUUUUCUACAAAAAGUUGGACACUCUCAUUGGAUACUAUCUUAAGCUAUCAAAUUCAUCCUCAUAUUCAAAUAAGUCGACAACCUAUCAUCGUGAAAAUUUCAAUUGCAGUUACUACAAUAAUGUUUGGUUGUGGUUUUAUCAGCAGUCUUUUCUCAUUUCUGACUUUUCGAAGCCCAGCAACACGUAAUGUCG